AUGACGACCCCUCACUCCCAUGAAGGACAACGACCCUUCCCCAGAAGGACGAAGGCUUCCCCAGAAGGACUAAGGCUUCCCCAGAAGGACGAAGGCUUCCCCAAAAGGACGAAGGCUUCCUCAGAAGGACGAAGGCUUCCUCAGAAGGACGAAGGCUUCCCCAAAAGAACGAAGGCUUCCCCAGAAGGACGAAGGCUUCCCCAGAAGGACGAAGGCUUCCCCAGAAGGACGAAGGCUUCCUCAGAAGGACGAAGGCUUCCCCAGAAGGACGAAGGCUUCCUCAGAAGGACGAAGGCUUCCCCAAAAGGACGAAGGCUUCCUCAGAAGGACGAAGGCUUCCCCAGAAGGACGAAGGCUUCCUCAGAAGGACGAAGGCUUCCCCAGAAGGACGAAGGCUUCCCCAGAAGGACGAAGGCUUCCCCAAAAGGACGAAGGCUUCCUCAGAAGGACGAAGGCUUCCUUAGAAGGACGAAGGCUUCCCCAGAAGGACGAAGGCUUCCUCAGAAGGACGAAGGCUUCCCCAGAAGGACGAAGGCUUCCCCAGAAGGACGAAGGCUUCCCCAAAAGGACGAAGGCUUCCUCAGAAGGACGAAGGCUUCCUCAGAAGGACGAAGGCUUCCCCAAAAGGACGAAGGCUUCCCCAGAAGGACGAAGGCUUCCUCAGAAGGACGAAGGCUUCCCCAGAAGGACGAAGGCUUCCUCAGAAGGACGAAGGCUUCCCCAGAAGGACGAAGGCUUCCUCAGAAGGACGAAGGCUUCCUCAGAAGGACGAAGGCUUCCCCAGAAGGACGAAUGCUUCCUCAGAAGGACGAAGGCUUCCCCAAAAGGACGAAGGCUUCCUCAGAAGGACGAAGGCUUCCUCAGAAGGACGAAGGCUUCCUCAAAAGGACGAAGGCUUCCCCAGAAGGACUAAGGCUUCCUCAGAAGGACGAAGGCUUCCUCAGAAGGACGAAGGCUUCCUCAGAAGGACGAAGGCUUCCUCAGAAAGACGAAGGCUUCCCCAGAAGGACGAAGGCUUCCCCAGAAGGACGAAGGCUUCCCCAGAAGGACGAAGGCUUCUCCAGAAGGACUAAGGCUUCCCCAGAAGGACGAAGGCUUCCCCAGAAGGACGAAGGCUUCCUCAGAAGGACGAAGGCUUCCCCAGAAGGACGAAGGCUUCCCCAGAAGGACGUAGGCUUCCCCAGAAGGACGAAGGCUUCCUCAGAAGGACGAAGGCUUCCCCAGAAGGACGUAGGCUUCCCCAGAAGGACGAAGGCUUCCUCAGAAGGACGAAGGCUUUCCCAGAAGGACGAAGGCUUCCUCAGAAGGACGAAGGCUUCCCCAGAAGGACGAAGGCUUCCCCAGAAGGACGAAGGCUUCCUCAGAAGGACGAAGGCUUCCUCAGAAGGACGAAGGCUUCCUCAGAAGGACGAAGGCUUCCUCAGAAGGACGAAGGCUUCCUCAGAAGGACGAAGGCUUCCUCAGAAGGACGAAGGCUUCCCCAGAAGGACGAAGGCUUCCUCAGAAGGACGAAGGCUUCCCCAGAAGGACGAAGGCUUCCCCAGAAGGACGAAGGCUUCCUCAGAAGGACGAAGGCUUCCUCAGAAGGACGAAGGCUUCCUCAGAAGGACGAAGGCUUCCCCAGAAGGACGAAGGCUUCCUCAGAAGGACGAAGGCUUCCCCAGAAGGACGAAGGCUUCCUCAGAAGGACGAAGACUUCCUCAGAAGGACGAAGGCUUCCCAGAAGGACGAAGGCUUCCCCAGAAGGACGAAGGCUUCCCCAGAAGGACGAAGGCUUCCUCAGAAGGACGAAGGCUUCCUCAGAAGGACGAAGGCUUCCUCAGAAGGACGAAGGCUUCCUCAGAAGGACGAAGGCUUCCUCAGAAGGACGAAGGCUUCCCCAGAAGAACGAAGGCUUCCUCAGAAGGACGAAGGCUUCCCCAGAAGGACGAAGGCUUCCCCAGAAGGACGAAGGCUUCCUCAGAAGGACGAAGGCUUCCUCAGAAGGACGAAGGCUUCCUCAGAAGGACGAAGGCUUCCUCAGAAGGACGAAGGCUUCCUCAGAAGGACGAAGGCUUCCUCAGAAGGACGAAGGCUUCCCCAGAAGGACGAAGGCUUCCUCAGAAGGACGAAGGCUUCCUCAGAAGGACGAAGGCUUCCCCAAAAGGACGAAGGCUUCCCCAGAAGGACGAAGGCUUCCUCAGAAGGACGAAGGCUUCCUCAGAAGGACGAAGGCUUCCCCAAAAGGACGAAGGCCUCCUCAGAAGGACAAACACCUCUUCCCAGGAGGCGACUCUGUAUCCUGACGGCGGGUUCAUCUUGAGUUACCAUCUAAGACCACUGAACCCGAACUCUGAACUAUGUAUUCCAGAAGUAGUAUCACCUGGAUAUCCCCGGACCUUGUGA